UUCAAGUUUAUAUAAAACGCAAACUUUGUGAUCUCAGACUUUAACCGACAGUUGUUCACUUCUCUUUAUCAAUGUUCCAAUGUUAGUUCCCAAAUGUUUCUUCAAAAUCACUUAUUCUCUUGGAAUUUCCAUUGCUUCUUCAUUGUAAUUUCAGAGGCUCAUAUCACAAAGUAACCAGAGAAUUUUAUCAAAAUGAAGAACCAGAAUCCAAUUUCUUCAGGUGGAAGUGGGAAGUCCAUGAAUGUUAUUGCCCCAUUGUCACUGGUUAAACACCUUUCUUGCUUUUUCUUUUUCAUUUUCGGGUUAACUCUUGGGAUAAUUCUUUGUUUCCAUUACAAAAGUUUCUCUUUCAAUCUGCUAGUUACCAAUCGCCAAUUCUCUAUUUUCACUUCACAAUCAUCAUCAUCAUCACUAUCAACGCCUCCAACUUCAAAUACAAGUAAUUAUAAUCUAGAGCCACCUAAUGUUAUUAUGCAUAACUUGAAUGAUCAAGAAUUGCUGUGGAGAGCCUCAAUGGCUCCAAGAAUUCAAGAAUUUCCAUUCAAACGACGUCCCAAGAUUGCAUUUAUGUUCUUGAUUAGAGGGCCGGUUUUGUUAGCCCCUCUGUGGGAGUUAUUCUUCAAAGGAAAUGAAGGGCUAUACUCAAUUUAUGUGCAUUCUGAUCCAGCUUUCAAUGAAUCAGACCCUCAAGGUUCAGUUUUUUAUGGCAGGAGAAUUCCUAGUAAGAAAGUCAGCUGGGGUCACGCAAACAUGGUCGAAGCAGAACGCAGACUACUGGCCAAUGCUCUUCUUGAUUUCUCAAACCAUUAUUUUGUUCUCCUCUCUGAAUCAUGCAUUCCCCUUUAUAAUUUUUCCACAAUAUACUCUUACCUAAUGAACUCGACCCAAAAUUUUGUGGAGUUGUACGAUUUACCUGGCCCCGUCGGUCAAGGAAGGUACAGCAUCCUAAUGCAGCCAUUGAUCAAGCUCGAGCAAUGGAGAAAGGGCUCUCAAUGGUUUGCAAUGGACAGAGAUCUUGCAAUUGAAGUUAUAGCUGACAAUACUUAUUUUCCAGUGUUCCAAAAAUAUUGCAAUGGCUCAUGUUAUGCUGAUGAGCAUUAUUUGCCAACGUUUGUGAACGUGAAAUUUGAAGGGAGGAAUUCAAAUAGAACUUUGACUUGGGUUGACUGGUCCAAGGGUGGGCCCCAUCCUUCCCAGUUUAUAAGGACAGAUGUUACUCCUGAGUUCUUGGAGAAGUUAAGGAGUGAAAAUUCAUGCGAGUACAAUGGUAAUGAAACUAAUGUUUGUUUCUUGUUUGCAAGAAAAUUUGCACUGAAUGCUUUGGAUAGAUUGUUGAGGUUUGCACCAAUUGUUAUGCACUUCAACAGUUAGGUUUAUAGAGAUAUGUAUAGAGAAUCAUCAAUUUAUUGGGCACCAUGUCUCGAGGCCCCCCACGCUUUAUUUUUUUUUUUUUAAUUUUUAAUCUCAUGGUUUGUACUGAACUUG